AUGGCAAACAAAGACCAUCAGCUCCACAACUGCUCCCUGGCGGAAACCUUGAACUGCCUCUACCUGAAUAAUCUGAGUGUCAACUGCCACCCUCUGCCAAAGAGCUCCACAAAUCUAGAAGGCUCCAGGCAAGGAAGUUUUGAAGAAAGCCAGGACCACAGACGGGACCUCCCAAAAAGCCUCAGUGGUUCUGUUGGCCAAGGCCAGGAGAAGGGGACCACCACUGGAAGAAUUCUCAGCAGCUUCUCUCCACAAGACAAUGCACAACAUCACAUCAGAAACAGCAGCCACUUCUUCAGUGUUGACCAGUCCCCAACAGACCCUGAAGAAGGGAGGGUGUAUCCCAGAGCACACCUCCAGGGAAGCCCUGUUGAGAAGUUAACUCCAGCCUCUGGUGCAAACCUCCAACAUCAGUGGACAACGGAGGGUCCGGGAGUUGCAGUCCGGAGAAGCCUCCCCGACCUCACCUGUAGCUGCAAGCCACCAAGUCCCGCCUUCCACAUGGAGUCAAGUGCCACAUCCCCGGCAGUAUGUUCACACAGUAGUAACUUUGCUUUGGCGGACAGACUGAUGAUCGCAGGACUGAGAUAUGGAGCGGAGCCUCGUGAAAACAGCCCAGAUUGGCAAAGCCACAGAAAGCCGUUUCCAAGUUUGUCAAGAGACAAUAAUACUGUACCUGCUAAUGUCUUUCACCAAGGGCCUACGUCACACCAUGUUGCUAUUUUCACAGACUCUGGAGCAUAUCACCCCAGUGUUCUUGCUCUGAGUCCUGCCAGUCUCUCCAACAGGACAACGCAUGCCUACAGCGGAAUAGGACGCAGCAGCUUUUCAGCUGGCACCUGCCCACCUGAAAUGGUGACCAUUCCUAAUGGUUUUCCUCAUCCACCCUGCAGUAGAAGCCACGCAUCUUCCACCAAGGAAGAAGGCACCGUUCCUGCCUACUGCCAUUCCUUACCAAUACCUUCUCUCCAGUUUGCCCCCAGGCCGGUAUGCCCAGGGAACGACCUGGACAAAGAACAAGCCAACCCUGAGUGUUGUUCAUCUUUGCUUGCUGCUGAAACCUCCUCUCUGAACAGGUCAAGUGUGGAAGCCAAGCCCCUCCUGGGAUGCUGUGGGGCCCAUGGGGAGCGGGGGCUGCAUCCUCAGCCUUAUGGGCGAGCAAGCCAGGCUCAGGAGGAGACGAAGACCAUGUACGUGGUCUGGAACAGCCACCAAGACGGGGUGCAGACGGUCAUGAAGACCAAAGACACGUGGACCAUGACCUCUAGGAGUGACCUCAACCAGGGAUUCUGGCCUCCGCUGGGCCACAGAGACGCAGAGGUGCAGACGUUUGCAGGAAAGGAAUGCAGGUCCGUGGCCACCAGCCCAUCCCUUCUGGCAGAAGGCCAGCCCCAUGUCUUCCCAGAGGUGAGCCUGAAGCCAGAAGCUGAGGGCGAGAAGUCUCCCAUGCGGGAGGUCAGGUGGGACGAGGAAGGGAUGACCUGGGAAGUCUACGGGGCAGCGGUUGACCCCGAGGAGCUUGGGCUGGCCAUCCAGAAGCACCUGGAGAUCCAGAUAGAGCAGUUCCAAUCGGAGCCGGAGGAGCUCUGCGCAAAGGCCACUGAGAAGCAGCCCGCCAAAGGGGAGAAGCGGCUCUCCUUCGGCAUGGUCAUGCACUGCCUGAGGAACCCGGCCUGCUGCGCACGAUCCAACAUGGCGGUGGAGUGA